UAUUGUUAAUUUUUAGACCCGAUGUAAUAAAUAUCGUGAUGAGUGACUGCAGACAUGUUUUGGAGGGUGUAGGGGUUCUGAGAACCACUGAACUAGAGAAGAUUCUUCACAAUUCUUCUUGUAAACUUUGCAGGAAGAACCAUGGUAAAUCUAUCCUAUGGCUCUGUCUCUACCCUGACUGCUAUGCUCUGGGUUGUGGUGAGGAACGAGAUGAUCACUCUACUCUGCACAACCAGGAGAAUCCGUCCCACUGUAUCCAGUUGAAUAUAUCUACCUGGAGAUCCUGGUGUUAUGCUUGUAAUAACGAACUCCUCCUCACCAGGAAUACGCCCCCUGUCAAGGGGGUUCUAGGAAGGAAACCUAAGCUAAAGAUUUUGGAGCCCAAGGUUGAUGAGAACGAUGAUUAUGACCGAGGAUUGGUUGGAUUGAGUAACCUGGGGAACACCUGUUAUAUGAACGCUGCUUUACAAUGCUUGUCAAAUGUUCCAGCGCUGACCAAUUAUUUCCUGGAGUGUCCAGAUCUUGUUCCCAGGGAUAUUAAACCUAACCUCAGCCUUGCAUACAGGAACCUGAUGUUGAACAUGUGGAACAAUGGGAACCAGUCCUCCAGGGGAUACAUUGAACCAUCAGCUGUUCUUCAUGCAAUAAAAUCAGCAUUUCCGGCAUUCAGGGGUUUCCAACAGCAUGAUUCACAGGAGUUCCUACGCUGUCUGAUGGACCAGCUCCACAAGGAGAUGUCGGAGCCAGUGGUCUGCGAGGAUGGGGAUGAGGAGGAGACCAAGACAGAGGAGAGUGAUAAUAUCGAAUCCUUGUCGGAGCUUGAGUCUAACGGGUCCGUUGGAUCGGAGGAACCGGGAGAAGAAUAUGAAACUGCCUCGGAUACUUCAAGUAAACUUAAUAAUAGGAAAAGAAAGCAUGAAGAUCACCCAGAUAAAGACAGUGGACUUGGUUCCUCUUCCGGUACAAUUAGGAUACAGGAUUCCGAUACAGGAACCCUCAGUUCUAGACAAGGAGGAUAUCAGGUAUCUGGUUCUCCAUCUAGUUUAUCAGAUCAGGAAUACCUUGAUGCAAGAUCAGAUCCUGGGAUUUCUUCAGGUUCUGCGUCCCCUUUGUUGAAGAAUGAAAACUUAGAAAUCCGUCAUCAUAAACCUAGAACGUAUCGGAGCAUUGUAACAGAUAUUUUCGACGGGAAACUUGUCUCCUCUGUUAAAUGUUUGACCUGCGACAGGAUUUCUAAAACUACAGAAAGCUUCCAGGAUCUCUCCUUGCCUAUACCUUCACAGGAUGCUUUAGCGAGUAUUAGGCAACGGCCUGUAACAACUGGAAAUGAUGAGGAGGAUGGCUGGGUUGUUUGGAUGUGGAAAUGGGUGUCAAGUAAAUUACUCUUUACUCUCCAAGACUGCUUGGCCUUCUUCUUCUCUGAGGAUGAGUUGAAGGGUGAUAAUAUGUACAGCUGUGAGAAAUGUGAGAAGCUUAGGAACGGACUCAAGUUUUCUCAGGUUACCCAUUUACCGGAUACUCUGUGUGUUCACUUGAAGAGGUUUCGUCAUGAUUUCGCCUUCUCUAGUAAAAUCAGUACAAGGGUUGUGUUUCCUCUUACCGGGUUAGAUCUAGCUCCUUGGGUUCAUAAGGACUGUGUUUCAUCCCAGACUAUUUAUAAUCUGACUGGAGUAAUCUGUCAUCAUGGAACAGCUGGUGGAGGUCACUAUACUAGCUACUGCUACAAUUACCUCACUAGGACAUGGUAUCAUUUCGACGAUAGUAUAGUUUCGCAGGUUGACCCCGCCACUGUAAUGAAUGCUGAGGCCUAUGUACUAUUCUAUCGGAAGAAUACUGAUCAGGUUCAAGGAAUACUUCGGGAACUCUCUCUAGCAGGGAGGGAGACCAACAUAAGCCUAGUAAACUACUACGUAUCCAACCCUUGGUUGGUUAAACUGCAUAAUAUGGCUGAACCUGGUCCUAUUGACAAUACUAGUGUUCUGUGUCGUCACGGUGGUGUUCUACCCCAGAGAGUUGAUUGUGCUGACCGACUCUGUACUCCGCUUCCUCCAACAGCGUGGAGAAUACUACAUGAAAGAUUUGGCGGUUCUGCUGCGGUAACGUGCCUGAAACCUUGCCAGAUUUGCCUAGCUACUGCUCGCGCGGAGGAGCGUCAGCGUCAAUUUGAGCUGAGUGAGUUUCAGUUGCUCCGAGAGAAUGACAAGAUAGAUAUAAGCAGCUCUGGAGAUUGUUAUCUGCUGGUCACGUCCUGGUUCAGUACAUGGGAGUCCUGGGUUCUAGGAAAAGCAAGAGAACCUCCGGGACCAAUAAAUAACCGGAGUUUAUUUAUCCAGCGUGGUAAUUCUUUUUCACUUCGUCCCAACAUUGAUCACUUCAAGCUCAGCGAGGACAUCUGGUCUCUGUUUCUCUCCCUCUACUCCGGAGGUCCUGAGGUUGUCCUCCGACCCGGAGGAGGGAUUAAAGUCAACACUCCUCGUCCUGCACAAGUUGCUAGUAUUGCUGCGAGACUACGCGCAAGAUGUAAUGAGAAAGGCCGCGUAUCAGAAUCAAAUUAACCCGCGAAAUUUAAAUUUUAAAUGUAUUUUCACUUUUUUAUAAAAUCGGAAUAUUUUAUCUAAUGUCAGAUAUUUAAGUGAUACAUUUUUGUGAUUGUAUUUCAGCUAGUUUUAAAUUUAUUGUGUUCAUAUUUAUUGUUAUAUAAGAUUCUGGCUUUUUAAGAUCAUUCAUAUAGAUAUAACAGGUUAUGUAUAGAUUAUAAGUAAUCCAAUCUAAUCAUGUCAAUGUAUUGAUAAUUUAUCAUGUUUAGAAGUACGAAUUGAUAGUCGAUUUUUUAUGUAUUUCAAUUUUAAACUUUUCCUAGUCCGUGUUUCUAAGUUUAACCUUUGCAUUCUUAAGCAUUUAUGCACAAUUACAGAAAAUAUAAAUUCCACCGUAUGAGCAAAAUUUCACUUAAUUUUAUUUUAGUAAAUAAUUGAUAUAAGUAUUAUGAUCAGCAUUGUGAUUAUUAUUUCAGAAACUGAUAAAAAGAUGGAGCUGUGUUGACUGCUCCUUUUUGUUUGUGUCCUUUGGAUUGUGAAGAUUUAUCUUUAAAUUACGACUAUUUGAAAGUAGCACCUUUUGAAAAACUUGCUUUUUAAAAAUUCGGAGUUUCAUUUCAUUUGGAAGUUUUUUGUUUGUUAAAAGAUUGAUUGAUCAUAAUGUCGAUUCAAAUUUGGUAGCUGGAGGUCAAAAUAGAUUAAGAUUAAUUAAUUUUAAAAUGUUAUUUAAGAGGGAUCUUUUAAUAUUAACGCUAAAUUCUAUUUAAAUUUUUAAAUAAAUGAAAAUGCUCAGAUCUGGCGAAGAAAAUGCGGGAAAAUAUUAACAAAAAGUCGCAAUAAUAUCAGUUAUUACUACGAAUAGUAUUUGAAUCUUUCAGAA